AUGACUGGGUAUAUGUGUAAUAACUUCCGUUAUGUAACGACGAAUUUUGAAUAUGAUUCGAAUGAUGGAAAAUAUAAAUUUAAAGAUGAUACAAAUUUCAAAAUGUAUUGUACUGAUGGAAAAUGUGAUAAGGAUACCGAUAAAAUUAAUGCUGCAUGUUUAUUUUUUUUUAAUGAAUUAUUUAAGAAUUCUGAUUAUUUUGUGUCUGUUGCAAAAAGUAAUAUCAAUAUUGUUGAAUACAUUAUGAUAUGGUUAAGUUAUACGUUAAACAAAACCACAAAUGGAGAAAAAAAUAUAAAUGAAUUUUAUACUAAAAUUAUAGAAAAUGGCGAAAGUUAUAAAAAGGAAAUAAAAGGUGUUACUGGUUAUAAAAAUUAUAGGAAUCUUAUUGAUAGAAAUUAUUAUUUUUUAAGUAUGGAUAAGAACAUUAUAUCUAAAUUAUAUGAUGCAUUAACAUCAUUAUGUAAUAUGUAUAGUAACUCUGAUGAACACAAGCUAGAUUUCACAGAAGAUGCAAAUAAGUUUGUUGAAAAAUAUGAAGAAGCUAUCAAAGAUCCUAAUAUUACUAAAAAUCGUUUAUAUAUUAAAGUAUUAUAUACUUUAUCAACUGAUUAUGAUAAUUUUAAAAAGAAAUAUGACGAUAGUUCAUCUCUUCCAGCGAUAAAAACAAAGAUUUAUACACAAAAAUAUGGAUUUACAUCAUUAACUUCGUUGAUAAUAAACUAUUUUUUUAUAUUUUUAUUGAUGUUUGGUGCAAUAACAUUUUUUAUAGGAAUUUAUUAUAAGUAUUCGUUAUUUGGAUUUCGGAAAAGAUCUAAAAAACAAUAUUUAAGGAAAAAGCUAAAAAAAAUAAAGAAGGAAUGGACCAUUAAUAUAUGA